GGGGGGACUGCUGCAGCAAAUGCCAGCAGCGGGUGUGAUGACAGCAAAUGGACGAGUAGGUGCAGGUGUGGGAGGAGGAGGAGGAGGGAACGGAUCACGUGGUGCAGAAAACGGACUACUUGGUGCAGAAAACGGACCAGGUGCAUCUGAACCGUCCAGUCCGAUAUCUCCGCGGGAAGCGGACGAAGGACAGCCGUUGGUGAGGCACACGAGUUCCACUGCCAGUAGGGGAGGAGGAAUGGAUGGAGGCGGAUUACGUGACCAGGUUCAUUCCGGCUUGGAGAGAGAGAGGGAGAGGGUGGGUGGUGUUACCAGGACCACCAUGGGGAUGAUGACCAGGGAGGAAGAAGACGACAUGAUGGUCGACCAUCAUCAUCAUCAUCACCAUCAAUCCGAACGAAGGUUGAGCUGCCAUAGCCAUGGAGAUGGAGAUAAUGACGACGAAGAGGAGCAGUUUGGCUUGCCUGAUGCCAUCAAACUGGGUCUCGGCGACUUCAUCUUCUACAGUGUAUUGGUUGGUAGGGCAGCCAUGUAUGACUUGAUGACCGUGUAUGCCUGCUACUUAGCGAUUAUGGCAGGAUUAGGGGCGACGUUGGUAUUGCUCGCUGUGUACCGAAAAGCCCUACCCGCUCUACCAUUCUCCAUCGCCCUCGGAGUCAUGUUCUACUUCCUAACGAGAUUAGUUAUGGACCCGUUCGUCGUCGGACUGGCGACGAGACUGCUAUUCUUCUAAUAAUGCUUCUUGUGAAAAAAAAAAAGGAGAGAAAAAGUGCAAGAAGUGUUUCGAGUUUGUAAUUAAAAAAAGUUUUUUUUUUUUUUUUUUUUUUUGGGUGUUUUUGGAAUAGAAUUCCUUUUUUUUUUUUUUCCUAAAUAGAAUUCUUUUUUUUCUGAUAAUUCUUGGAGGAUUGAUCAUGAUGAUCAUCAUGGUGAAGAUGAUGAUGAAUCGUGAUACGAUUUUUUUUUUUUUUUUUUUUUUGAUUUCUUCCGUAAGUGGGUCACCAUAUUUUUUUGAAUUUUGUUUUUGAUUUCGUCCUUAAGUGGGUCACCAUACGACAGA